GUUCCUUUAGUAGCCAUGGCGCGUACGGCCCAACAGCAACGGUCAACGAGCUAGCGUCGAUUCUGCGCAAUAGUCGCCGAUGUCAGUCGGUGGACGUUUGUUUAUUGUUGUGGUUCUGUUUCGCGUAGAUAUUGCAACCGAUCAAGAGAGCUAGUGCAUAUGUAGAUUUGGACAGAUUCCCUGCUGUCUUGACUGUAUAUUCAAUAAAAAAGUUUAUUGCACCGACCUGCUGCAGUAAGCGAGUUAUUAUUAAAGCGUGUUUAGUGACUAGGAGCAGGCUUGGUAGUGUACAAGAGUGUAGAUUUAAAUGUAGUGAAAGGGCAAGUGAAUGACGUUAUAAAAUCCUCUCAAUACUCAAGAAGUUCUCAGUAAAGGCACUUAAUCGUCUUGUCUGACAGAGUACAUAGUGCAGUCAUUAUCUGUAUCUCGUGCCAUAUAGGCAUUGUCUGCAGAUUCACAUUUCUCAGAACGAAUGUCGUUUCGUGUAAGCACAAAGGCUCGUUAGAGGAUGGCGCCUACCGAAAAUGAACUACGGUACUCUUCGGGUCAACUACCCGUGGCUUCCGAGCAAAAGGCAGAGCCGUAUGAGUUCGAAGCACAGCCGUUAACCUCCAAGGAACAUUUGGAAUCGGGACAGGUGCCCAAAAAGUCAAUCUCCUGGAGAGAGGGAAUUCCUCAGAUAACUGCCGCCGUGUUGGUAAACCUGUUGGUAGUUCAAGCAGGCAUUAACAUGACCUACUCGGCGAUUUUGCUUCCGCAACUCUCAGUACCGGAAAGCCCCAUCCAGAUCAACAAAGACGAAGCCUCCUGGAUUGCCAGCGUUGUGACGAUUGCCCUGCCAUUAGGAUCCCUGAUCGUAGGACAGCUGAUGGAUCAGUACGGUAGAAAGAAGGUUGCUCUUGCUACUUGUUUGCCCUUUGCCAUCGGUUGGGCCUUGAUAGCGGUGGCGAACGACGUUAACAUGAUCUACAUUGCACGAAUAAUACUCGGCAGUUCUGGUGGUUUGACGACCGUGGCGUUGGUCUACGUUAGUGAGGUGUCGCACGUAUCGAUGCGAGCGAUGCUACUUUGUUUAAACAGCGUUUUCGUGUCGUUUGGCAUUUUGCUAACUUGUGUUUUAGCACUUUUCUUCGAUUGGAGAGCUAUUGCCAUCAUCUUCACUGUGUUCUCCGUUGUUACGUUCAUGGUGAUUCUGAUCAUACCGGAAUCUCCCCAUUGGUUGAUGACAUUUACAAAACGUGAUCCUUCUGAUAUACGGAAAGUCAUGCAUUGGGUCUACCGUGAUAAAAGUCUUGCUGAAGACCAGUAUCGUCAAUUGAUAUUAACAGGACACAGCCCCCAGCGAUCGAUUGCGGACUCUACCGUCAACCAGUUUUCAUUAAAACUCUAUUUACAUCCAAGGGUGUACAGACCACUUGUGGUUCUACUACUGUUAUUCCUAUUCCAGCAGCUUUCAGGAGCAUACGUUUUGAUCUUCUAUGCUUUAAAUGUGUUCAUGGAAAUUGGCGGAUCGCAAGCUAAAGGUUUUAACGAAUAUAACGCUUUGGUAUUCCUUGGCCUUAUACGAUUCAUCAUGUCGAUUUUGACAUCCGGGUUUUCCCGUAAAUUUGGACGACGACCGCUGUUGAUCACUUCAGCCUGUACCAUGGGUGUCUUCGCUACGAUCGCCGCCUUGUAUUUGCACUUUGUUCGAAAUGCCGGUCGAGAGAGCUACCCGGUUGCAGGAGGCUAUUUAUUGCUAGCUUGCGUUUUGGGAUAUGUUUGCUUCAGUGCACUCGGUUAUUUGGUUCUGCCAUGGACCAUGAUCGGUGAAGUUCUUCCAACGGAUGUGAAGGGCAAACUUGGAGGAUUAGUCGUAUCGGUAGCGUACGUACUGAUGUUCAUUGUUGUGAAAGCAUUUCCUUAUCUCUUGGAUCUGGUAGCGAUUCAGGGCAUAUUCUACCUAUUUGCCAUAACGAGCUUUGCCGGGGUGAUUUACGUGUAUGGAUGGGUACCUGAAACGUUUGGUAAAAGUUUUCAGGAAAUUGAACAAUACUUUGUUAAGAUCGACUAAGUAAGGGUACUUUGUAGCAUUCGAGUACUUAAGCCAAAAAAAUGUACCCAAAGUAUAGUUUCGAUUGAAAGUCUUCCAUAUAUGACUGUAGCGAGAGAAUAGAUUUAAAUAGAAUUAGGCUAAUUUUAUAAGAUACAGCAAUACCAUAGCCCACUGAGUAGAAGUAGAUUGUGCUGUGAUUAUUUUUGACCAAGCUCGUCAUCCAUGUGAACCACAAUAGCUAUAUUGAAUGGAGUUCAAAGAAUUAUAUAGUUUGUAUUUUUCUGGAAAAAAUACAUCAUAAAGUCAAC